CUGGAAGAAUGGUUUUGGAAGCAACUGACCGAUAUCGAUUCAGACCUCGAUUUUGCUGUUAAUGGUUCUAACCCAUAUUCAUUGGAUGAUAAGAUCAAGCGCCAGUAUCAAGAUAGAAAAAAAGCAUAUCAGAAACGACAAAAAGAAAUCAAAGAACGCUUAGAGGUCACUAAGUAUGUAAUCCAUGACCUGGAAUCAAAUGGAAUUCCUCCUGGAAUUUCUUUCCAAAACCACAUAAGAGAUCUACAAAAGAAAAUGCUCAGUUUAGAUUCUUCUCAGCUGUCCAGUCAUUCCAAAAUUUCUGCCACAAAGAAUGAUGGUGAUUUAUAUUUAUUUUGA